GCUGCCGGCUCGGCCUUCCCUUCCUCCGCCGAGCGCCGCCCCACCGGGGAGGGGGAGGAGGAGGGCCGGGGUGGGCCCGGAAGGGCAAGGCGGUGGGGCGGCGAGAGCCGGCCGCCGGACUGCGCCGAGAGCCGGCCAUGGGGCGCAUCGAGUGGGCCAUGUGGGCGAACGAGCAGGCGCUGGCGGCCGGGCUGAUUCUCAUGACUGGUGGCAUCGUGGCCGUGUCAGCCCAGUUCCAGGGCUGGAAGUUCGCUGCCUACGCUAUAGCAGCCGGCGUGUUCGUUUGCCUGCUGGAAUAUCCCCGGGGGAAAAGGAGAAAAGGUUCCACCAUGGAGAGAUAUGGCCAGAACUAUUUGACGGCGGUGGUGAAGGUGUUUGGGCCCCUCACUAGGAAUUAUUACAUUCGAGCCUUCCUACACGCAGGGUUGGCUGUGCCCGCGGGGUUCUUGCUGUCUACUAUCUUGGGCACCGUCUGCCUGGCCAUAGCAAGUGGCAUCUACUUACUGGCUGCCAUCCGUGGUGAAGAGUGGCAUCCUAUUGAACACAAGCCGUGGGAACGGCAGGAAGUGGGGGCCACUAUUAAACACCCCCCAAGUAAUCCUCCGCCUCGCCCUCCCGCGGAAGCACGCAAGAAGCCAGCUGACGAGGAGGCCGUGGGUCAAGAACAUGUUUACAAUAAUAUGCAAUAAAAUGUUAGAUCCCGUUUCUCCCCCCCCCCUUUCAGAACAGCUCUCUCUCAACAGCAACAACCAUUGUAAAUUAAGAAUCAUUGCAAUAUUUCAAAUACAACAUUUAAAGCUU